AGAUCUUGCUGCUUCUUUUUGUUUUUCUUUGUUUUUGGUUUGCUUUUACAGUGAGCCCAUCUCGCUUUCUUGUUCCCUGCAAUUUUUAAAUACUCGUUUCCUAAAAGUCCUCUCAGGGAUAACAGAACCCACUGAGAGGAAACUCUCCCCCCAUUGUUUCCUGCUCCAUAAAACUAACCCCACAAGGGGAAAGCGAGAGGAGAUUAAAAAAUGGGGGGAGGUUAAAGUUCUUAGUUUUCUGUUUUUCUGAUCAACAUCUAACCUUUUUACGACUCUCUCAGGGGUUUCAGAUUGGAAAUCCCCUGUUGGGUAUUGUGUUUUCCAAUCAAAAACUCCUAUGUUUUCUAAAUCUUUUGCCGUGAUUCAGAGGGAAAACCAAUCGGGAUUCCUUCGUAUAGCUUAUUUUAGUUUUUUAAACUCAAUCUGUUUGGCUUCUUUCUUUGUAGUUUCUGGGUUCAAUGGAGGAGAAGAGUUUACAGAAGCGCCCCCAACCCAGUGAACCCACCAUGUGUCAGCGCAAAGGUGGGGAAGGGUCCAAAGGGUUUGCAGGGGUGAGCUUUCGCUCUCCCGCUACUCCAUCAUCUUCAUCUUCUCUUUCUCCCUGUUUCGGCGUUUCGGUUUCUCCUGCGCGAAUGGAGUUUGACAUCGCUGAGUUGGCCGGCCAGUAUGUGGGCCCUGCAUUGGAGCGGCAGAUGAAAGCUUGGGGUGUCCAGUACACGGAAGUCAAGCGCAUGAAGGUGAAUGAUCGAGGCGAAGAAGGCAAGCGCAUGAAGGUGACUGAUCGAGAGGAAGAAGGCAAGCGAAUGAAGCUGACUGAUGGAGAGGAAGAGGCGUAUUCUGGGAAAGAGAAGAAUGUGUUGGAUUUAAACAAAGCUCCGGAAGAAGAAGAAGAAGAAGAAGAAGAAGAAGAAGAUGGAAGUUCAGGGAAUGAAAACGAGAAUGGUCAAUCUUCUAAGCUCUGCGCAAGAGGCCAUUGGAGACCAGCUGAAGAUGACAGGCUCAAAGAGCUUGUCUCUCAGUAUGGUCCUCAAAACUGGAACUUGAUUGCUGAGAACCUCGAAGGAAGAUCAGGGAAAAGUUGCAGAUUGAGAUGGUUUAACCAGUUGGAUCCUAGGAUUAACAGGAGAGCUUUCAGUGAGGAAGAAGAGGAGAGGCUUUUAGCUGCACACAGACUGUACGGUAACAAAUGGGCGAUGAUAGCGAGGCUUUUCCCUGGAAGAACCGAUAAUGCAGUCAAGAACCAUUGGCAUGUGAUCAUGGCUAGGAAACUUAGAGAGCAAUCCAGUGUUUACAGGAGGAGGAAGCCUUCAUCUUCUCAGGCAGGCCAUACUAGGACUGGGACUUCUCAAAAGAACAAUGCAUGCAGUGAUUCUACCAUUUCAAGCAACAGGGAUGAAUCGGCCUCAACCUGCACAGAUCUCUCCCUGAAUUCCUCUUCAGCCAGAGUUCGCCUUCCUUUCUUGGCCAGUUUCAGUCCACCCCAACAGCACCAACCCCUUCAGCUCCAAAUGGGCUCAUCUGAAGAGGAGGAGGUGGUUGUGAAAAUGAGAAACAGGUGUUUUGAAAAGGUCCCUGAUUCUGGAAGUGGCGUAUGCCGACAUGAACCCAUGGUGAUGGCUAUGGGAGUGGAUCAAUCUGGCUUUUCAGAUUCAUACUCUGAAGUAUCAGCAACUGAGUCAGUGGCCAACAAUAGUACAAAUCUCCAUAUGCAUGUGGAUGUGGAGACUGAUAAUGCCAAUGAGAAGGAGAAGACCAAUUUGCCUUUCUUUGAUUUCCUUGGUGUGGGAUCCACCUAGAGAGUGGAUUUUGAGGGGUGCAUGGAACAGGGAGACAGGAACAGCACUUUGUGCUUUGGGGAGAUGUUUGGGGAAGAGUGUUUGCUUUUGAGCUUUCCUCCUUCCUCCAAUCAGAGGGUAAAAAGGGUUAGGAUGGUAAUUUUACUGUUGAUGUACAGUUUUUUUUUUUUUUUCCUUUUUUUCUUUUCUUAGAAAAAUGAAAACAAGGCAGUGAAAAGGAUUAAGGGGGGCAUGGGGUGUUUGGGGGGUGGGUGAAGAGGUGAAAUUCAAAAGUUAUAUUCUUGGGGAAACAAAGAAAAACAAAAAGGGGGAUGAAUAGUUGCCUUUUUUUAUAGUCUUCCAAAGGCUUUUGUUUGGAUUUUGUCUUCCUCCAGGAUCUUAUGAUCUCAUGAUGUGAAACCCAUAUGUUAUCUCAGUUAUGAAUCUGCCAUCUUAUGGCUCUUCAAUAAAAACAAGAUCAGUUUAGGUA